AUGUAUAAUUGUUAUAAUGCUCCCGCAACGCAAAGCUUACCCCAGCCGGCACUACCUGAAGAUAGUGGCAAUACAGUGGGCCAGAGGCAAGAUACGAAUCCCGACGACCUGCAGCCCACUCAGCGGAAUGGUAAGCGGGGACCCUUUAGAGACCAAAGCCUUCGAGAGCAAACGGCCCAAACAAGGAAGAUGGGCUCGUGCAUAAGAUGCAGAAUGCAGCGCAUACGUUGCGAGUUCAACUCGAAUACUCCAGGCGGUUGCUGCUUAACAUGUAAAAAGGUAGAAAAUACAAAGGCAGCACGGUUGCCAUGCCUCCGGUACAAGAUCACCGAUAUGAUACUCUAUAAGCCGGGCGCAGUCCCAGGCUACGAGUGGACCCAAAGAUGGAACAAGAACAACUCUGAACCCAUUCAGCUUUGGGCUUCACGCGAAGUCAAAGUCAUCCACAUAUCUGUGUACUUCUCAAACUCGUUUCUCCCGCUACAUGUGCGCAAAUUUGUUCCACAGGAUGGAGACAAGCUAGAGCGGACAUGGGAUUACCAAGGCACCAAGAAGUCGGUCGCUAUCCCGCCAUACGCCCUAGUGGACCUGGAAGCUGGCAAAUCAGCGUACACCAGAUAUAUCCGAGACUCCAUGACCGACAUAUUUCGGAACAUGCUCGGUGACACCGAUAGUCUCUUGUACAAGACGUACCUCCAAGCUUGGCACAUGUGGAAAGACCCAAACACCCCAGUGGAAUCGUUUGAACUACUUAAUUGGACGCUUCGGCUGUGGAUAGCCGUGCGCUUGUCAACCACAUCGGCAUUCAUCGCCGGAAAGGAAAAACUUGGCAUGUCCAACAAUAUCCUUGACCAGACCAGUCCAAACCCUGGAAAGAUUCCACUGCCUCCUGUCUUGGGCGCACAAAUGGAUCUGAUAUUGAUCCAACACAUCCAGACCAAACUUAGACAUGAGCUUUUGGAUAACCUCCAAAAAGUAAUGCUCAAGAAUAAACCAUCUAGCUGGCUGGUAACUUACUUGGUGACUUUCAUCUUGCUUCACAAUGUCGCUCUUAUCACGAAGCACGAUGCUAGCUAUGCUCGCAAGCACGGCAUGAAGCGCCGUUAUGCUCGCGAAGAAAAAGUUCAAGAAUAUCAUCUGGAGUGCGAGGAUCAAGAUCUUCGGACGUUAGCGCAUCUAGAUGAGGAUAAGAUCAUGUUUGUCCGUGCGACCAGGGCACACAUUGAGCGGCACAAGAAGGAUUGGGAGGAUAUUCGUGCCAGAAAGGAGUACGAGGAGGACUACUUCUUCGUCAGCCAGCUAUUUGAGGAGAAAUGGCAGCCAAGGACUACCGUCUUGUAA